AUGCAAGGUGAUGGAGAAGAUGUGUCACAAUGCGACAAACCAUCGCCAUCACUGGUCUGGCUGGCAGCAGGAAUACCUAAUCCGGAGAAGUUUCCUUUCCGCGAGGUGAACAUGACCCUGCAGGAUGGGAGAGUACUGUCACUCCCUCCAGACUGUCUGUCUUCUGGCCUUCAGUAUGGCCCCACCCAAGGGUAUAUACCUCUGGUGAAGCAACUCAAAGCUAUGACAAAGCAGUUUCACUCUCCACCACAAUGGGAAAAAUGUGACUUGUUAGUUACAGUUGGGUGUCAGGCAGGCUUGUCUAUGGCCUUUGAGAUGUUGCUCAACCCUGGGGACUUCAUCGUUCUUUCAAACCCCUGUUACUCCGACGUCCUCUGUAUGUUGUCAGGUAUGGACCUUCAGUACCUGGCUAUAGAAGAUGAUGCUCACGGUAUGAAGCCAGACAUUCUUAGAGCAGCAUUGACGCAGGCUGUUGAGAGGGGAACCAAUGGAGUGCCUAAGGCUUUAUACGUGGUCCCGAACGGCAACAACCCAACGGGCACCACCAUGGAUAUGACACGUCGUCAACAGAUUUAUGACAUUGCCCAUGAUUAUGAUCUUAUUAUCCUGGAAGAUGACCCUUACUUCUUCCUUCAGUAUGAUGAGUAUGAGCAACCCUUGCCAAGCUUCCUCAGCUUGGACACUGAUGGUAGAGUUCUUCGCUUCGACUCCUUCUCCAAGAUCAUCAGCUCAGGACUGCGGGUCGGCUACGUCACAGGCCCUGCGCCACUCGUGGAGAGGCUCAACGUUCACAUGCAGGCUCGAGUGAUUUGUGGACCUAUGCUUUCUCAAGUAGUGAUGAGUGAGCUGCUGAAAGAGUGGGGAGAAGAUGGCUUUAAGAAGCACAUAGCAGAUCUCCGCACAUUCUACUGUGACAAAAGAAAUGACAUUAUAAAAGCAGCAGAAAUGCACCUUUCAGGUCUGUGUGAAUGGACUGUUCCAAAGGGUGGUAUUUUCUUGUGGUUGAAGGUUCCAGAAUUGGAAGACACUGGUCCUAUGCUACUCAAAAGAGCAAUAAAGAAGGACAUUGCUCUUGUUCCUGGGAAGGACUUUGUAGUGGACUCUAGCAAACCAUGCCAGUACAUGAGGGCAGCCUUCUCAUGUGCCACUGCAGAUGAGAUGAUGAAGGGCAUGGAGAAUCUUGGAAAACUUCUUAGAGAGGAAAUAAUAUUGCAGAAUGCCCAACCCUAGGGCUGGUUGGGCUUU